AUGUGGGAAGAACACCUCAUGUUCCAACUGCUUUGGUUCAAUGGAGGCUCAUCUUUCGACGACGAUAGCUUGACUACCAUGCCUUCAUGGAGCUGGGCCGCCAUGGAGAGUGCUAAGAGAUGGCCGUCAGAAGAAACCAGCUUCGGGCAGAGGAACUGCCAGAACGACUGGCCAUCACCCCUGCCGGGCAUCUCCAAGUUUGUGGACAUUUGA